AUGCAGAAGCUGGUACCCGGUCUGUCGCUGGACGAGAGGCGCUCGCCUGAGGCGCCCGGUCUGUUGCUGGACGAGAGUCGCUCGCCUGAGGCGCCCGGUCUGUCGCUGGACGAGAGUCGCUCGCCUGAGGCGCCUGGUCUGUCGCCGGACGAGAGUCGCUCGCCUGAGGCGCCCGGUCUGUCGCUGGACGAGAGUCGCUCGCCUGAGGCGCCCGGUCUGUCGCUGGACGAGAGUCGCUCGCCUGAGGCGCCCGGUCUGUCGCUGGACGAGAGUCGCUCGCCUGAGGCGCCCGGUCUGUCGCUGGACGAGAGUCGCUCGCCUGAGGCGCCCGAUCUGUCGCCGGACGAGAGUCGCUCGCCUGAGGCGCCCGAUCUGUCGCCGGACGAGAGGCGCUCGCCUGAGGCGCCCGAUCUGUCGCCGGACGAGAGGCGCUCGCCUGAGGCGCCCGAUCUGUCGCCGGACGAGAGUCGCACGCCUGAGGCGCCCGAUCUGUCGCCGGACGAGAGGCGCUCGCCUGAGGUACCCGGUCUGUCGCCGGACGAGAGUCGCUCGCCUGAGGCGCCCGGUCUGUCGCUGGACGAGAGUCGCUCGCCUGAGGCGCCCGGCCUGUCGCUGGACGAGAGGCGCUCGCCUGAAGCGCCCCGUCUGUCGCUGGACGAGACUUAG